AUGUCAAAUGAAAGUGCUUAUGACCCUAAUGAAGAACUUCCUUCACCAUCAAUUGAAGUACUAAAUCAAAUGCUCGGUUCAUAUCAACCAAAUAUUUUUGAUUACAGAAAGACUUUUACACCAACUGGUAUCGAUGCAUCUUAUCAUAGUAGUUUAAAUUCUCCAUCAGAAUCAAUAUCGUUGCCUGAAAUGCUUACUGGUGAAGAUCUUCCAUAUGGUUUUGAUAUUAUACAAUGUCAACCUGCUCCUUCAUUUGAAUUGCGACCCGAAGAUGAAAAACUUCUUAUUCUAGCUGAACCUAAAGCAUUUUAUCGCGAUAGAUAUUCUUGUGAAGUUGAUCCAACAAAGAGUCGAGCUCAACGUUUUAUUCGUGCAGAAGACAAUCAACUGAAAUAUGAAUAUCCAACUGU